CAUUGCUUGACUCACUUUAGGCUCCCUGUCACCCUUUCCAGCACCCUUUUUACGGCCAUCUUCCUGUCCAACUUUACUCCACUUUCUUUCCUCUUGCCCAUCAUCAUCGUUUCUCGCUGCAGAAACUAAUUUAUGCUCAUGGCAGAUUCAAUUAGCAAUGAGAGCAGGUCUAUAUCCCGGGGACGUGAUUCAUUUCAAUCUUCGGGCAGAGGUGGAGCAGGUAACAUUCGGCGCUCUUCCGUCUCAAGUGAUCCUCGUCCCGUCGACGAUCUGAAUGAUUCUGAUUCGACUCGUGGGCGGGAGCAAGCUGUACAUCCUGAUAGGAUGGUCUCUGUGGGUAGGGGUGGAGUGGGUAACAUGCGCACCCCUUCUCAGGAUGUCGGAAAAGACCACCCCCAGACCGUAACUAUUCUUAACGAGCAUGCUGCGGUUCAGGCAGGAUAUGAACAGCAAGUCAAGAAGCACCACGCUGAAUCCAACCCGAUUUAUUCUUCUGGAAGAGGCGGUAUUGGCAACAUAUCAGGCUCCCGCUCUCGUUCUCAGUCUCGUGGUCCAAUAGUUCAUUCCACGGGACGAGGCGGAGUAGGUAACAUUCAAUAUGGAGCUGCUGCCACCGUCGACAACAUGGACGAAGAGGAAAGAAAGAAGCAUCUUCAUGCUCAAGCGAUACACUCGACUGGCAGAGGCGGAACUGCAAACCUUACCAGUGUACACUCGCCUGACGUUGAACGUGUAGUCCAUCAUCACGCUGAAUUUGAGUCCUCUGGACGGGGCGGGGCUGGCAACAUACGCUCCCGCUCCGUGUCGCGCGACCCAAGUGGACGGACACCUUCCCGCGAUCCCAAAGGGAAACAUGGAAUUACUGCUCUAUGGAACAAGGUUUCCCACCCCUCGAACCCCGGCUCCGGGGAUCCUGGGUCCCGGGCUGAAUGACUCCUGCUUGAGCGUCUCCGCACUCCCCCUCAAAUUCCUUCUUCUCCGCUUCCAUCCCAAGUUCCUUACUCUCUCAUGCGGAGGCGCCCGUAUCUUGUUGAUACCC